AUGGCCUGCGAUAUGAAUACUAAUAAACUCUCGGGAUACGCAGAUUUUGAGUGGGCGGUUCAACUAAAUCGUUUCAGCUUGAAAAUAAUCGGUCUUUGGCCGGAAGAAACUGGCAGCUCACAAGAGAAGCUGUUUUCAAAUUUACGAUUUUUAUGCGUCAUCAUCGUCAUCACUUGCGUCUGUACUACUCCUUCGUUAUAUUUGCUACUGAAAGUUUGGGGUGACAUGAUGGCAAUGAUAGACAAUAUUUUAUUCACUUUACCUUUAUUGUCGCUCUCCAUGAAACUAUUCAUUAUGUGGUGGAAGAAAGAAACAUUGUCGUCAUUAAUGACCAUGAUCGUUCAUGACUGGGUCAAAUCAAAAUCCCGCGACGAGCGAGACAUUAUGAUGCGUCGUGCUCAAAACGCUCGUCUAAUUAUCACGUUCAGCUAUAUCAUAACGGGAUUAUCAGUAACAGUUUUGAUAGUUACUUCCAUCUUUGGGUAUACCGUAAGACAUGUAACAAACGUCACCAAUGCUAGCAGGCCAUUACCACUACAAGCAUAUUAUAUCUAUGAUACAUCCGUCAGCCCGCAGUUUGAACUUACAUUUUUUAUUCAAUGCAUCGCCCUAUUGAUGAUUGGGCUUUCUUACCCGGGUACUGAUAAUUUCCUCGGACUUCUCAUCUUUCAUAUUUGUGGCCAAUUGGAAAAUUUAACAAACCGCUUGUAUCGGAUGCGCAAAUCCACGAACUUCAUCGCGGCUCUGAGAAACAAUGUCAUGGAUCAUAUACGGCUUCUCAGGUUUUGUACUCACAAUAAGCCUUGCGCAGUUAGCGAAUUUGUAUAUUGA